AUGGGGGAGAGAGGUGACGAGACGGGUGACGAGACAGAUGGAGAGGAUAGUCAGGAUGAGGGCGGUAGCCCAGAGACCGGCACAGGGGGUAACAAGGACGAUAAGCCGGAGCCAACGCCGGUGCUGGAUGCAUUCGGGGUUCUAAGGCGUAAGGACAGCAGUGACUCUGAUGUUUCUAUGAGCGAUUUGCCGUCUCCCCGACGAAUUACAGUGUCGACUUUUCGGUCGACGGCGAGGUUACCAUUUCGGACGCCUCGUACGAGGACCCGAACGAGACUGGUGUUGCACAGCAGUCCGAACAUCUCAGCAAUCCUGAGACCCCGAAGCGUCCUGAGACCCCUGAGCUGCCCGAGAAAUCGAGCGAUACCCGGAACCCCAAGCACCCUGAGGCCUCUACACCUACUACUAUUCCCAGCCGCCUUGAGAAACCCGUCGACCUUGAAAACUCGAAGCCCCCAGAGCCCACUGCGCUCCCUGACACUCAUCCGCCCCCCGAGCCUACUACAACCCCCAAGCCUACCACACCCCCUCAGGGUUCCGGACUUCAACUUACCAGAUGAGUUGGCAAAUAACCCCGACUUCGACGAACGGCUAUCUCUUAUUGGUUUCGACAUCAUUUACGACUAG